UAUAAUGAAACCUUGGACUCACCAUGACAUUCUCUAAUAAUGGAACCGAUUUGUAAUAAUGACCCCAAAUGCUUUCCCAAAGCAGUAUGGGGACUAGAAAGCAAAGAAUCUGAAAAUAUUGCAUUAUAGUAUAUAGUAUAGAAAGGUUGCCAAAUGGUGACAAAUCGUCUGAGGUUUGAAGUCUAACCCCGUUGGCUGUGUACCGGAGUUGGAACCGGGCUUCCCUUCUCCUUGUUUCUCUCCUAUUAACUCCUCUUAUCUUCUUUUCUCUUCUCUUCUGCACUUUUUCUUCAAAGCCUUCAAAGGGUAGAAAGAUCGCUCCAAAUAUAAGAUGGUGGUGACUGAUGACAUCUAUACAAAGGAUGGGACAGUGGAUAUCAAUAAGAAGCCUGCCAACAAGAAAAAAACUGGGAAUUGGAAAGCUUGCUCUUUCAUUCUUGGAAAUGAAUGCUGUGAACGGUUGGCAUACUAUGGAAUGGGGACUAAUUUAGUCAACUAUCUCCAAGAACAACUCAAUCAAGGAAAUGUCGCUGCAUCAAACAAUGUUACGAAUUGGUCCGGAACCUGCUAUAUUACACCAUUGAUCGGAGCCUUUGUAGCUGAUGCAUAUUUGGGUAGAUACUGGACAAUUGCUAUUUUCUCAAUCAUCUACUUCUUUGGUAUGACACUCUUAACAUUGUCUUCUUCUAUCCCUGGACUAAAGCCAUCAUGCACUGGAGAUGUCUGCCACCCAACACAAGAACAAAUCGCAGUGUUCUUUGUAGCUUUAUACAUGAUUGCUCUUGGUACUGGUGGGAUUAAGCCAUGUGUCUCAUCUUUUGGUGCUGAUCAGUUUGAUGAAACUGAUGAAGUUGAGAGAAAAAGGAAAAGCUCUUUUUUCAAUUGGUUUUACUUCUCAAUCAAUAUUGGAGCACUUGUUGCUUCUUCUGUUCUGGUAUGGAUACAAAUGAAUGUGGGGUGGGACUGGGGUUUUGGAAUCCCAGCUGUUGCAAUGGCUAUUGCAGUUGUAUUCUUCUUUGCUGGUAGUCGAACAUAUCGCCUUCAAAAACCUGGGGGAAGUCCGCUUACAAGGAUAGCUCAGGUUAUAGUUGCAUCCUUCAAAAAGCUCAACGUGAAAGUUCCUGCAGAUAAGUCUCUUCUUUACGAGGUUGCUGACAAUGAAUCCAAUAUUCAAGGGAGCCGAAAGCUAGAGCACACAGAUAAGUUAAAGUUCUUUGACAAGGCUGCUGUAGAGACUGAAAAUGACCAUGAUAAGGAAUCAUUAAACCCAUGGAGACUGUGCACUGUUACCCAAGUCGAGGAGCUUAAAUCAGUUAUCAGAUUGCUUCCAGUAUGGGCAUCUGGAAUCAUCUUCGCUACUGUCUACAGCCAAAUGAACACUAUGUUUGUUUUGCAAGGCAACACAAUGGACCAACACAUGGGCCCGACUUUCAAGAUUCCUUCAGCAUCUCUCUCCCUCUUCGACACUCUCAGCGUUAUCUUUUGGGCUCCUGUUUAUGACAAAAUCAUUGUCCCAUGCGCAAGGAAGUUCACAGGCAAGGAACGAGGCUUCACCACACUCCAAAGGAUGGGCAUUGGCCUUGUCAUUUCUAUCUUUGCAAUGAUCGCUGCAGGUAUCUUAGAAGUGGUCCGGCUUCAAAUUGUCCGGAAGAACAACUACUAUGAUCUUAAGUCUAUUCCAAUGUCAAUCUUCUGGCAAGUCCCUGAAUAUUUUCUAGUCGGAUGUGCCGAAGUUUUCACAUUUGUUGGACAGAUAGAGUUUUUCUACGACCAAGCACCUGAUGCAAUGAGAAGCCUGUCCUCAGCUCUUUCACUAACAACUGUUGCAUUAGGCAACUAUUUGAGCACUCUGCUCGUUACCGCCGUGACGAAGAUAACCACACAAAACGGGAAGCUUGGAUGGAUUCCGGAUAACUUGAAUAGGGGUCAUCUUGACUAUUUCUUUUGGCUCCUGGCUAUUCUAAGUCUGCUUAACUUCAUAGUCUAUCUCUGGAUUGCGAAGUGGUAUACAUACAAAAAGGUAGCUGGAUACCCUGAAUAAUUUAAGCCUAGGACUCCCACAUGACUCGUUGAAAUUUGUAGACUUGCUUUUGGUGAUAUCAGUAUAUUAUGGUUUUAAUUUUUUUUUCUUGAAA